AUGUUUCGUUUUGCUGUGAAGAAACAACUGUCUCGAGUUGGUAGUUAUCUCUUUCCUACUCGAUUGGUUUCAGUCCCACAAAUUUUAUUGCAAGCACCAAAUUUUGCAACUUCAUCAUCUCCUGCAGAAGGCAUCCAUAAUGAUUUAGAACACAACAUACAGUCGGAAACAAAUAAGCUUGCAAAGACAGGUAGAAAGUUUUGGGACAAAUGUGAUGUUUAUUUGAAUCCAAAUACAAAUUUGUAUGAGAUUCAACUUGAUGGCAAAACGUUACGUACACCUUUGGGAUUCCCACUCACGGUUCCAAAAAACAAGAAACAAUUAGCAUAUUUAAUUUCUCAUGAAUGGACCAAUCUUCCAAAUAUAUCAGUCAAAUCAAGUGCUUUGCCAUUAACUGGUCUUGCAGCUCGUGCCAUUGAUUUGUUGAAGAGAAAUGAGAUUGAUGAAGAGACAAACGAGCAAGUGAAGGAAGUUAUAGCGAUUAAAGACUUGAAGGAAAGUCUUUUGAGGUACCUCAAUACAGAUACGUGUUUGAUAUUUGCUGGCAAGAAGGAUUGCGAUGGAAAAUUGAGGAAACGACAGGAAGAGUUGUACCGUCCUUUAAUUAAAGAAUUCCAAGAGUUCUUGACUGAGUUUGGUCACAAAUCAGGUCGUUUGCCAAAGAAUGAUAAGAUUGUUUUGCAAACCUUGGAUUGCGAAACAGAUGGUCUUCGUGGUAAUUACCAAACCCAAUCAACGCAGGAUGUAGUGAUUGAAUGGAUGGACCAAUUAGAUAUUUACGAGUUGAUUGCUUUGGAGAAAUCAAUCUUGACUACAAAGUCCUUCCUUUGCGGUGCCUCCAUAUUGAGAUCAAACGUCUCUGAUCCUGAAAGGAUGCACGCAGUUUUCCAGGUUAAUAAGGAUACACAGGAUAAGUUCUGGUACAAAAACGUUGAAGAGAUUAUUGAGAUGGGAAACUUAGAAACUAUCUUGCAAACAGGAGAAUGGGGUGAGGUUGAAGAUACACACGACGUGGACCAGCGUGAAUGGUUGAGAAGCUUGGCGUGCGCUGCACUUGUGAGUCAUUAA